AUGGCCCGCACGAAACAGACCGCACGCAAGUCCACGGGAGGCAAGGCCCCCCGCAAGCAGCUCGCCACCAAGGCGGCGCGCAAGUCCGCCCCGGCCACGGGCGGCGUCAAGAAGCCCCACCGCUACCGCCCGGGCACCGUCGCGCUCCGCGAGAUCCGCCGCUACCAGAAGUCGACGGAGCUCCUCGUGCGCAAGCUCCCCUUCCAGCGCCUCGUCCGCGAGAUCGCCCAGGACUUCAAGACGGACCUCCGCUUCCAGGGCUCCGCCGUCCUCGCGCUCCAGGAGGCCGCGGACGCCUACCUCGUCGGCCUAGGGUGGUGUUCGAAAACACCGGUUGUGGUUUGGGGCGGUCGUCGCCGCCGAGCGACGCGCGGCGGCGGGGCGACCAGGACGACGCUUAUGCACGCUGGACUUUGUUCCAUGUACGAGCCCUGA